AUGACGUGGACGACGCCGUUCAAUGUUGCGAGAGCUGCGUUCAAACUCUGGAAGGAGACUUCUGCUACCCGGGCUGCGCUCCUGCUCCGAAUCGCAGAUCGCAUCGAAGCCCAUGCGAAAGAGUUUGCACGCCUCGAAGCAAUGUGUACACGGAAGCCAGUAGCGCAGUCACUGGGAUUUGAGGUGCCCAUGGUCGCAAAUGUCUUCCGGUAUUACACUGGCUGGUGUGACAAGCUCUCUGGCGAAGCGUGGCCGCAGGAAGGCACCGGCUUCCUCAGAAUGACCAGGCGAGAGCCAUUAGGCGUGUGUGCUGCCGUGAAUGCUUUCAACGGACCACUUACGCCACUCACCACCGUCUACUUUGGCAAGAUCUUACAAGAGGCCGGGGCACCAGACGGAAUCAUGAACCUGAUUACUGGCCCCGGCUCAAUUGGAGCUCUAUUGGCUUCACAUGUAGGCAUUGACAAGAUCUCCCUUACCGGAAGUUCGGCAACUGGGAAGAGGAUCGCACAGAUGGCUUCGACCAGUAACACGAAGAAAGUCACGCUGGAACUGGGAGGCAAGAGUCUGAGUAUUAUAUUCGACGACGCACAAUUGGAUAAUGCUGCCCAGUGGUGCAUGCAAGGUAUUCUCGGCAACAGUGGUCAAGCCUGUAUUGCAAGCUCCCGUGUGUACGUCCAAAAGGGUGUCAAGGAAGUUUUCGUCGCCAAACUUAAAGCCCUGAUCGAACAGAUGACGCCUGCCUUUGGGCAAGAUGCUAAUACUGACGAUACACGCUUUCCCCCAUUGGCAGAUAAGGCCCAGUUGCACCGAGUGCAGUCAUACAUGGACAUCGGGUCCCGCGAGGGCACGCUCGGCUGUUGGAUUGAACCGACCAUCUUCGUCGACACGAAGGCAUCUGCAAGGAUAUACAAAGAGGAGAUAUUCGGUCCUGUGGUGGUGGUGAACGAGUUUGAAGAGGAAGAGGACGUGCUGAACCGUGCCAAUGAUACCGAGUUCGGUCUGGCGGGUGCUGUUUUUACACAGGACGUCAACAGAGCGAUGCGCAUUGCUGCAAAAGUGGAGGGCAGGCACAGUCUGCAUCAACUGUUGCACUAUGGUUGA